AAAUACUAGAUAAAUACUUCAUCUACCCAAUGUUCAGGACAUUCCGUUCGACUCGGAUCAACGAACUCAUCCGAGACUCAAACACAUAUGUCCUUCUUGGCCGAACGACGGGACUCCCAGUCGACCCGGGUGCGGAACUCGGUUCACCACCGGUUUUUGUCGGUCGCAUCGAACCGAAGCGGAGGGGUCGAUGGAUGGAUGGAUGGUUGGAAUAGUGGAUGGACGGUCGGAUGGUCCGGAGUCUCGCCAUGGUGAUCGCUCCCAGGACAUCGACGGUCUGAAGGACGUGCGUUUGGUCCGCGACUUCUUGAAGAGGUCCAAGGGCUACGCCUACGUGGACUUCCAGACGCCUGAGCAGGUGACGGAGGCUGCCGAGAAGUUCAAUGGGCAUCUCAUCAACAACCGUGCCAUGAAGGUGGCACGUUCACUACCGACGAAGCAGCUCUAUCAGGACACCCCGUGAAGACCGUCAGGUCCAGGUAGCUGGACACUUUGCUGACCAGCAGUUCCGGCGCAGCGGCAGUGGCGCAGCGGCUGCGGUGGAAGAAAUUGAUCGCUUCAACGGAACGACUCACGUUGGUUAGGAGAAGGUGCUCUUCGUGCGCAACGUGGGCGCGUCUGCCAACGAAGAGGAGGUGAAGGAGGCCUUCCAAGAGCAAGGUGAGGUGAUUAGCGUGCGGAUGCCCAAGACGAAAGCCACGCACAAGGGCUACGCCUACGUGGAGUUCGCCCAUGACGAUGCCGUGAAGGCCUCGCUGGCCCUGGAUCCGGCGCCCAGCAUCGGUGGGCAAGUGGUGAGCCUGUCCAGGUCGAUUCCGAUGAAGGAGCACCGGCACACCACGGCCGGCACGCGGAAGGAUCUGCCGCAGCGGGUGAACCAGCGGCUCAUCGUGGAGGGGAAGUUGGAUCGUGAAGAUCCGGUGAGACAGUCGGCGAAAUGCCCCAGCACGGUCUAUGUGCAAAACCUCUCCUUUACCGUGGACGAGAAGCAGCUCACCGAGCACUUCCACUCCGACGGCGCUCGUCCAAGGUCUUGAUCGUCAAAACCCACGACGGCCGCUCCCGGGGCUUCGGCUUCGUGGAGUUCACCGACGCCGAAGGCGCCCAGACCGCCUUGCUGCUCUCGGACAGCGUGCUGGGCGGUCGGGAUUUGGUCGUGUCGAAGAGCCAGAGGGCGAUCACACAGAAGAAGAGCAAGGACAGCAAGGAGGAGGAGGCUGAGGCUCCCGAGGCCAAAGGCAAAGGGAAGUCCAAGAACAAGUCUGAUGGGAAAGGCAAAGGCAAAGGCAAGGAGAAGGGCAAGGGAGCGGAGUCGGGUGCCCGGCGGCGGCUACAAGUGGAAGAGGAGGUGUCCAAGAAGCCGAGGCUGGAAGAGCCCAAGCCGCGGGGCGCAUCUUCAGACGUGCCGAGCGAAACCGCGGCGCCCGCGGAGCCCGCGGCGCCCGCGGCGCCGAAGUUGUCGAACGCGGACUUUCGGAAGUUCCUCGCUUGAGGGUCGUGACUGUGGCUGCUUGUGGAUGUGUCUAGAGAAGUGAGG